AGUGCGCGGCGUGGGUCUGCCACCGUACCGCGUGCGUGCGGGCUUCAUUACCAGGGUAAAGAACUGCUACGCAGUGAAUCUUCGUGAAACUCUAGACUUGUGCUCACCCACAUCCGUGGAAAGAGAAGAAAGCACCUAGAACGACGUGGUAGUACGCACGGGCAAUGUACCUGUGGUGCGCUCUAGCGUCCUAGCAUGGAAACUAACCAAUUGUAGUUCCAAACAGGCCACUAGAUGGCGCGGAAACAAGUGACAAACGCCAUCGUCUGCAUUCCUAAGCUGACGCCGAGUUUAAAUACAUAACAAACAAACAAUCCACUAGCACGGCACGGCGGUCUGAGACUCUGCACCAAUCUAGUUAGCUUGAAUACUUUCGCUGAAAUGGCCGAAAUAUUUUCUAAAACAGGCUUGUAUUUUGACGAGCUGAACAAAAUAUGUGUGCUUGAGCCAGAUGUUUCCUCCCAAACUGAAGAACUUCUGACUGAAUGCAAGGAUUUUGUUGAAAAAAUUUCUGAUUUUCAGAAAACUGCCGAUAACUUUCUGGUAAUGGCCAAUUCAUUAUCAGUAGAAGUAGAAGCUGCUAAACUUAAGGCAAUUGGAACACGAAAUUUGCUAAAAAGUAUGGCCAAAAAGAGGGAGGCUCAGCAACAGCAAUUGCAAGCUUUAAUUUUUGAGAAGUCAACAGAGCUAGAGAGGUUGCGAAUACAACAUCAAUCAUUAAUUCGUACAGAGCAGGAGCAACAGGAAUUUAUCCAGCAACUUGUACUCAAUCAUUAACAUGCAGAGACAUAAAUAAAUACAUAAAUAUUUUAAUGACAAAAACCUUACGUUGACUAAGUGUAGAAAAAAUUUCAGGGUACAGUCACGAAAUUGCUCAUAAUAAAAUAAAAUUAGUGAACAGA